AUGACAGGACUCACGUUCGCUUCGUGGUGGGACGCUGCCAAUGCCUGCCACAAUGACGACCCGUGGUCAGAUCCAGAGUUGUAUGCAUUUGUGUGUGAUGGAACGCAAAUAGGAUUUUUGCCUGCGAAAGUAUGGAACGUAGUUUGUCGAUACGUGGAAGAGGCGCAGAUCCCACUACAACUGGAUGCUACGACGCGAGUCAUGACAUUUUCGUGUUCUUGCAAUUCUUUCGAUGCACGCACGAUGGCCAUCAAUAGGCUUGCGCAGCUAUUGCGAGAGAAUGGCGAAUUCCCUGAUCCACUAAACGCAUGUGCUUUAUUUGGACUGGCGACAUUUGGGGUGCAUCUGACAGCAUUCACGCCUGACGGCCGGAUUUGGGUGCCCAAGCGCUCAGAGACCAAGGCAACAUGGCCAGGUCGCUAUGACAAUACAGUUGGAGGCGGUAUAUCGGCAGGAGAUACGCCAUACGAUACAAUUGUGCGCGAAUGCGGAGAAGAGGCAAGUCUGGAGUCGGAAUUUGUCAAGAAACAUCUGCGCUCUGUCGGAGUGAUCACAUACUUUUACAAGACGGAACUAGGGUUUCGCCAACCAGAAAUGCAAUUCUUGUACGAUUUGCCAUUACCAACAAAUGACGUGGUACUAGCACCGAACGAUGAUGAAGCACAGUCUUUCGAGCUCAUGGACAAAGACACUGUACUACACCAUAUCUAUGCCAACGAGUUUAAGCCCAACUGCACACUUGUUCUGCUCGACUUUUUCAUCCGACAUGGAUGGCUUACACCUGACAACGAGCCUAACUACACCAAGCUGGCUGCUUUGCUUCAUACACCACUUCGUCUGCCGACGCCAUAG